AACUUUGGAAGCUUUUUCAGGACGUGCUGUCGGCAGAAUGCUUGGCUCGGGGUACAAUCCCACAAAUCAGAGGCUUCUGACUCGUAAUUGGGAAUGGGGACAAGCCAGGGCACGGCCGACCUGAUCCAUCCAUGCACGCAUCAUCAUGCACGCACGUACAAUGUACGUGAUAAAGGGGGCAAGGGAGGAGUGAUGCUCAGCGGGGAUCAUAUCGUAUCAUCUAUCGUGAUCAUCAUGAUCACCACUACAAUGUUAUAGCGAAUAAUACCGAUCCUAGAUCAGA